AUGGAAUUAGAAGUAUUACAAGCUUAUGCUUUGUCAGUCUACCAGUCAUUCAGUGAGUUGAAGUUGAGUUACAGGAUUUCAAUAAUUCUUUUGAUUCCAUUCGUUUAUAAUUUGUUAUGGCAAUUGUAUUGUUCAGUCAGAAGAGACAGAGUUCCUUUGGUUUUUCAUUGGAUCCCUUGGUUUGGUUCCGCUGUGAACUUCGGUAUGAGACCUUAUGAAUUUUUUGAAGAAUGUAGAGAAAAAUAUGGUGAUGUUUUUGCUUUCGUUUUGUUAGGAAAAGUUAUGACAGUUUACUUGGGACCUAAGGGUCACGAAUUUGUUUUCAAUGCUAAAUUGAGUGACGUUUCAGCUGAAGAGGCUUACAAACACUUGACAACGCCUGUCUUUGGUAAAGGUGUCAUUUAUGAUUGCCCAAACAGUAAAUUGAUGGAACAAAAGAAAUUUGCUAAAUUUGCUUUAACUACUGACUCUUUCAGAACUUAUGUUCCAAAAAUUAGGGAAGAAAUGAUCUCAUAUAUCAAAUCCCAUUUCAAGACAAAUGAAAACGAUUCUGGUAAGGUCAAUGUUCUUGUUUCCCAACCGGAAAUCACUAUCUUGACCGCUUCCAGAUCUUUGAUGGGUGACGAGAUGAGAAAAAGAUUCGACACUUCAUUUGCUAAAUUGUAUACAGAUUUGGAUAAAGGAUUCACACCAAUUAACUUCGUUUUCCCUCAUUUACCUUUACCACAAUAUUGGAGAAGAGAUGCUGCUCAACAAAAAAUUUCAAACACUUAUUUAUCCUUGAUCAGCCAUCGUAGAAAUACAGGCGAUAUUGUUCCUUCAAGAGACUUGAUUGACAGUUUGAUGUCCAAUUCUACCUACAAAGAUGGUGUCAAAAUGACAGAUCAAGAGAUUGCUAAUUUGUUGAUUGGUAUUUUAAUGGGUGGUCAACAUACUUCUGCUGCAACUUCAUCUUGGUUCUUAUUACAUUUGGGUGAUAAGACUCACUUGCAAGAAGACUUGUACAAGGAGUUGACUGAGCUUUUGGCUUCAACAAAAGGUGACAUCUAUGAUUUAACUUAUGACGAUUUACAAAAAUUAACUUUACAUAAUAAUGUUAUAAAGGAAACUUUGAGAAUGCACAUGCCUUUACAUUCAAUUUUUAGAAAAGUGAUGAAUCCUUUGAAAGUUCCUGAUUCCAAUUAUGUUGUUCCAAAAGGACAUCAUGUCUUAGUUUCUCCAGGUUACUCAAUGACUAGUGAAAGAUUUUUCCCUCAAGCUGACAAGUUUGAUCCUUAUAGAUGGGAAAAGAUGGCUGAAGCUGCAAACGAUGCUACAAAUCAAUCUAAUUUAGACAAGACUGUUGAUUAUGGUUUCGGUGCUAUCUCCAAAGGGGUAUCCUCCCCAUAUUUACCAUUCGGUGGUGGAAGACACAGAUGUAUUGGUGAGCAAUUUGCCUAUGUCCAAUUAACCACUAUCUUAGCAACUUUUGUUUACAAUUUUAGAUGGAAGUUAGCUGAUAAGAUGCCAUUGGUAGAUUACGCUUCAAUGGUCACUUUACCAAUCGAAGAAGAUUCCAAUAUUAUUUGGGAAAAAAGAGAUACUUGUGUUAUUUAA